GACGUCUUAUCGAACUGUCAAAGACUGAAGUUCACAGAAAAGGGCAUCUCUAAGCGCGGAUCGGGAAAAUGAUUCAACUUCUCAUCACAGUUUUGGUGUUCGUAGCUGUUGCCACAUCCAACGAAUGGGUGACACAUGGCGGCCUGAGGGAAGACCUUCACGGACUAGAAGUCAGAUUGACAGCAGGGGACAGAAGAGGUGGAAUUUGCUCAAAAUUCUCGUGCCUGCCUGGAGAAUGCGUGGAAUUUCCGGACCAAAAGAUUUGCCUGUGCCCCGAAGGAUUCCAAUCUUUGGAUGAUAGGUGCAUCGAAAUCCCUUGUGCUUCGGAAUAUGCUUGCUGGCCGGGAGUCUGCCUCGUCCGAGAACAGGGCGAAACCUGUCUGUGUCCUGCAGGCUUCACGGCCUCUGCUGAUGGUGCCUGCCUGAUCACUGACUUGCCUUGCCAACGCCACCUGGACUGUGGGCUCGGAAAAUGCAUCCAGAAGAACGGACGGGAAACUUGCCUUUGCCCAGAAGAAUAUUACUCAGAAAGAGAAAGUUGCAAAGAACUAAAUUUCUUAUGCAACGAGAUUGACUGCAGGCCUGGAAAAUGCUUCGUGGAAGAUGGCAGAGAGAUGUGCCUCUGUCCCAGUGGGUACACGGCAGGAAACAAGAAGUGCAUGGUGCUGUCUGCAACAAAUGUCGGGAAGACAUCCACCAUUCUGCUGAUGAUUGUGGUGGCCGUAUCUUCGAUCAUGCUGACGACGUUCUUCGGGUUUUGCGUCUGCUUUUAUUUCAGGAGGACCCCUUGAACCAGAACUAAAGUGACAGAGUAAGGUGCAACACAUGAUAAUGCCUUUGAUGGAUAGUACACAAAAAAAGAAAUGGUUCUUAAAAUGUAUUUAGAUGAAAAUAAAA